AUGCCGGCGACGUUGCUUCACUGGAUUGCUGGAGUGGGCACGGCCAUUUCCAUAAAGAUCUCGUCAUCAAUUGAUGACGUUGUGUGGCUGGCGCCAUUCUUGACAAACAACGUCAGCUACUUCUCCCGGCUGAAGAACAUCAGCAUCUAUGGCAUCGUUUGUUGGGUUCAGACCGCCAUUGCCAUGUGCAUCGCGUAUUCGGGCAACAAGCUCGUGGAGAUGGUGACCCGGAACUCCAAAGAUGCGUGGUCUUCCGAGAAGAUCUUGACUGUGCUGGCCGGCUCCAUGCUGGCUCUGUACUCUAUCAAGUUGCUCCAUGAGUGGGUGACAGAGGCAGAAGAAGACCCUCAGGAUAUCAAGGAAGAUGCUGGGCAAGAGAACAAGUACGCGAAAGUCAGCCCUUCGGACCUGGAGGGUGGCGGGGAGCUCACGCCCGGUCGCAACGAGUCCAGGUGCGCACUUUUCGGCAUUUCAGGGUGGUGUUUGGGCUAG